UCCAGUGCGCCCGACCCCCAUAGUCCAGGAAGUAGUGUGCUGGUCAAUCUUGUACACUUGCAAUUAGUGGCAUCGGUGAACAGGGCACAAAAAAAUUCCAGAAAGAUCACUUUGGUACCAAUUUAAAGUCACGAAAAGUAAAAAUUUAACCAAAGAUUACCAUGAAACAGCCAAAUAUUUUAGUUACUGGUACUCCCGGCGUUGGAAAGACCUUCCUGUGCCAAAAACUAUCGGAACAUUUGAAUUUCCAGUGGCAAAACGUGUCCGAUAUCGUGAGCGAACAUGGCUUCGUGGAAGAGUACGACGAGGAAUUCGAAUGUCCGGUGUUAGAUGAGGACAAACUGCUGGAUUAUCUGGAACCGAUUAUGCAACAGGGAGGCAACAUUGUGGAAUAUCACAGCUCGGAAUUCUUCCCGGAGCGCUGGUUCGAGGCGGUCUUUGUGGUGCGCUGUUCCACUUCAUUGCUGUACGAACGGCUACAGGCCCGUGGCUACAAUGAGCGGAAGGUGAAAUCAAACAUGGAGUGCGAGAUAUUCCAGAUUCCGCUAGACGAAGCCAAAGAUUCGUACCGUUCAGAGAUCAUCCAAGAGCUGCAGAGUGACAAGGAUGCGGACCUGGAGGAGAACAUCAAACUGGUGGACGAUUGGCUAGAACGCUGGCGAAGUACUCAGAAAGGGUCCAAGAAGUAGAUCUAAUUUUAGACUUAAUCAAACUUUUCUUCUACAAAACAAAAAAUAUGCAUUUGCAAAGAAAAUUUACAAUCAAGAGAGAGAGAGGGAGAGAAAAAAAGCUAAAUUGCAGAACUGAGUUUCCAAACAUUGAAUACGGAAAGUAUACCCACCUUUUUAAAGCGAAAAGAAUCAAAAAGUAAUCGAUUUGGUUUAUUCAGAACGUAAAUAUCAUUAUGCGUUCAGUUUUUGUGUAAUAAGCGCGGCUACCGCCAAGUAUUUUAUAAAUCGAAUUUUUGGCCUAUCAAAAUUGUUACGCGGAAUUAAGUUUACACUUCGCCAAGUUUUGUCUUAAGAAAUUAAAAUGCAAACAAUCUAAACGA